UCCUGCUGUGAUGUGACCAGGAGUUCACCUGAAACAACAACCGAAUCCAUGAACCCACUGCGUGUCGAUCAGCAGAGCCCCUGAUCCGCGUUCCUGUGCCCCUCGGACUGAGCAAAGACCAGCUCCAGAUUCCUCGGAAGAGUCUGCCUGCGGUGCGAUGAGGUAGUGAGUUUCUUUCAGGUGUGGCUGUUGUCAUGACAGCACAGCCCGGGGCUUGACGCUACCUGCAGGCGUGCGUGCCUCAGCAGAGCCCGGGAUAAAGACACGUUAGGCCGUUGAUGACUGCAUCGUUAGAGUCCUGUCAUACUUUGUCAUCACGGGCUGUGCAGGGUUUAAGCCAGUACCUGGUGAAACUCCAUCUCUGCUGGUUUAAUAUUUAAAGACUGUUCAGAGUUUGGUUCCCCUUGGAGAUCAGGAACGACACAAACUGUGCUGAAUCACACUGCAGGGAUCUGAUCUGCUCCCAGACCAGCAGGAGAAAAGAGCUGGCAUUGUGCCCCUUCCUGCCAACUGAGAUGUGCGAUUUGUUCUCAAAUAGUGCCAUGAAAUCAGGAAAUUUGAAAAGCAAACUUUGGGAUUUUCAGCUCUUCCUGUUGAGAAGCUUGCAGCUUACAGCAGCUUGGAAGGGCUGAUAAAAGGAUCACACCCUCUGAGUGAAUCUGCUGUGUGAGCUUUCUGACAUCUGCAGACAGUUUGAGGAGUUGGAUCCCUGUGCUCACCAAGAAAGACCAAACACAAGAACAUCAGUGACGGCAGACACACGGUUAAAUGAACACAAUGUACGUGAACUCGCCUGGAGCUGAGAGUGGAUCUUAUUCUCUGACCUUCCUGGGAAAGAAAGUAGGGAGACAUCACUCUGUGGCCCCUGCAGCCAAGCAACGCGCCUGGGAGACAACUAACAGGUCCACCUGCCCUGAGGACCCCGUGAGGUCCUUGCAGCCUGGACGGGUUCCCGUGACAGCGCAGGUGAUGGAGGAUUUACCCGGGAGCGUACCAGAGCUGAAGGACGAGAGACCGUGUCCAAGAAUUCACAACACACAGUUUGAGCAGUACGAGGACAACGCAGCAGGUGUUUCUGGGACGACAGUAACAGCAUGACGGCCCGCCCACAUUCCUGUGUGAGGAGAGAAAGAGGGUGGGAUGGGAACAUAAGAGGCAGACAGUGAUCAAAUCCAGCAGGGGAGACUUUUUAGGCAGUGUGUCAGUAUUUCAGAAACACCUGGACACACUGAGAGAAUAAGCUGAAAAUAAACAGGGACUAACUAUUUAAUUAAUACGGUUAUUGAAACGGUCCACAUUUUGAACGGCUAUUCAGACGUGUAUAUAAACAAUAAACUGCUUAAAGAUGUAAAAACAUGUUUUAAAUUGAAUGAAUAAAACGUAAAUGACUUCACCGAGAUUUGUGUGCUUCAUUCUAAGACCGCAUCCAUGCAAGUGCAAUAAUAAUGAUAAAAUAAUGUUCUGGACGAAGAAAAACUGGCAAAAUAAGUGUUGAAAGAUUUUAGUCUUUGUGUGAUUGGUUUGUUUGGUUUGUACUCUUAUGAGAGCGAUCACGCCCACACGCACACACACACACAGAAAUUUAUGAGCUCCAGCCACAAUAAAAAAAAAAAUAAAUUCAAUUCAUUUCUCUUUCCUCGAGCUAAGACGAGCAUAACCGUCUUCUAAACUCAUCAUAAAAUCAAAAGAGAUGAUAAAUGAAAUAAAACUCACAGGAACCUUCUUGGUUUGUCUUUGCACGAUCACCUCAUCACCAACAUAUCUCCAUGGCGACCUUCGAAUUCGGGCCAUAGUUUACAAGUGGCAGGUUGAACUAUUAUCAUGAGCUUGACAUUCUUCAGAUUUGCAGUUCUUUUCAGUUACGUGACUGAAAAAAGUUUGAUGGAAAACUUCCCUGUAGAAGAAGUCUGUGAAGCUCAUUCACACGAACGUCUUCAUGAUGAUGAUGAUUUAAGCUGCUUAUCAUUAAUGGGCUCAUUAAUUCCACAUUCACCAUAUAUGCAAAAAUAAUAAGUCAACUGAACAACAUGUGUUCCAAGACUUGCUGUCUCUCUCUUCCUUCUCUUGCCUUCUCGCCACACUGUUUACAACCGGUGCCCAACAUUUGCUUUGUUAUUCAAGCUGUCAUUCACCACAAAACUCCGUGGAUGCAGAAGUGGGCCGCGUUCAGACGCUGGAUCGGUGCCGAUCCCAGAAAACACUGCGGACACGAGGUUACCCGAGGCUCUUCAGAAUCCCAGCUGUCAGGUACCAGUGAUGCAGAGAGGUCACAAGAGGUCAAGAUCUACAUCCCCUACGAGUCAGCUGAACUGUGCGUCACUCAGAUAACCGAGGACAUGGAAGCAAUGAGGAGACGACACCUGGAAGUCCUGCAGGAUUUAGAGGAGAACUUUGAGAUCACAGCGCGAGAGAACCAGGUGUGGACUGUGCACAGGAUCAGGUCUCACUACCAGAACAAGCUGAACACUGUGAGGAGAAUCCUGGACCUGUACCAGGACAAGGUGGAGAGGAAGAACGCUGACUGUGAGAGGAGAGUCGCGGCCUUGACUGCACAGAACGAGCAGCUGCUGGAGGAGCAGCGAGCUGAGAGGAGGAGGAGUAAAGAGGAGGCCCUGCAGUGGGACAGAGAAAAGAGCAAAAUGCUGGAACUGUUCUCUAACAGGCUGGAUGUCCUGCACAGCCACCAGGCCUCCACACUGCAGGAGCUGCAAAUGGCCAGGCAGGAAGUGGGGAAGGUCCAAGAAAUGUUGAUGGUGUCGUCUCAGGAGGCCACUGAGGAAAGUGAAAGUUCAGAGAACAAAGGGCUUUCAGCACAACAACAGACUGUGGCCUGCAAUGAGUCAGAUCAGCCACUGGAGGGGGCUAAAGCCCGUCUGGAGGAGCUGAAGGAGAGCCUGUACCAGAGGGAGAGGGAGAUCACUGAGCUGCUGGAGGCAGAGGGGAGCCCCGUCCCCAACGUCCCCCCUGUCCCCCCUGUCCCCCCUGUCCCUCAGCCUCCCUGCGGCGUUCUGCUUCCCACAGUCAUUCUCAAGGUGCUGCUCAGCUAUUAAACUUUAUGUAAACCAACUGCUAAUUGCCUCAAAUUAUUUUACACACUGACUUCUCGUUUUGCUGGUAGCAGGAAAUUCAGGCAUUGCUUUCAUAUGCUUGUUGCUUUGCUGUACUGAUGCCAUAAGACUGCUUGGUUUGUCUUGCAAGGCUCAUGCAGUCUGCAGCGCAGCA